GGGCAUUAACCCUUUAACGACCAGAGAUCCCAUUUGGGAUCUUUAAAACAGCUACUUUCGGGUAGUCGUGGUGAACAAGUUUGAGCUUGUAUGAAAUUGACGCUUUGGCAACUCAUAGCUACACUCCUCUGCUCUUCGAAUCAACCAAUCAGAAGCCACCAGGCCCUCGCACGAAGACUGGAGGGCCUUCGACAGACACCUCAGUCGUGCGCAAGUUGGAAAACAGUCAAGACGUGUCGCAGUAACCUCCAAGUUCCCCCCCCCCCCCCAACUUCGUAAUCAUGUUACAAAGCAGUAUGUUUUCUGGGCAACGCAAUGCUGCAUUGGAGACUCAGGAACGUGUAACAUGGGUAGCCCCUGACGACGCUGAAUCAAGUGAUAUCGACAUGAGCCCUUUGGACAUUGACAGUGAUGAUGACGACCCUACCUACGUUCCUGACGAAGGCCUUACUCAGGACGGUGCCUUUGACCUUCCUAACUCUAGAGAUCGCAAGGUCAAUGUUGUCUCUCAAGCGAUGCCUAUGGAAGAGGAACCUGAGCCUAACCCUAAGAGGUCUCAUGCUGAUGAAUGGAAGAAGGAAAACAUUGAUAUCCAUGCCCUGCCCGACUACAUUCAUCAGAAGCCUGGUGCCAGGAAUUCUCUUGGCACUAGAGAUUUUGCUUUGCCAAGAAGGGGCCAACAGGUAGUUUUGCAAAAUAUUGAGACACGCCAGAAUGCCACUGCCCUACACAUGCCAAAGCGUGUCACCAUGAGGCAGACCUGCAAGUUCUGUUCUGGUGCAGGCCACAGUUCCCGCUGGAUGUGUGAGGAUUGCAAGGUUGCCCUUUGCCUUACUGAAGAAAGAAAUUGUUUUGCUUUGUUCCAUAAGAUUUCUAAGUAAGUUGUUUGUUAUGAUAGUUGUUUAUAGUGUUUUGUGUAUUUUUUUACUAUUUUUGUAUUAGAGUUUUGAUUAGAGUUUUUUAUAGAGUUUUCUGUAUUUUUAUACUAUUUUUGUAUCUAAUGUAUAUUUAUUUUUAUAUUAAUUAAAUUGUAAAGCCAUAUAAGUGUUUCUAUCAUACAUUGUGGAACAAAAAAAAUGAAUAAAUAAUAAUAAUCACAUGAUUUAUGGGCAAAUUAACAGUAUUUAUAAACUUGAAAAAGUUGCCCGCACGGCCCAAUAGAUCCCAUACGGGAUGAGCGUGGUCCGCCUAAGAGCGCCCGAGGCACCCAUACGGGAUACUUCAUUGCAUGCAAUUAUUUCGCUUACUUUGGAAAUUUUGUAAAAGUACACAAGAGUAAAAAGGUCUUGUAUUUACUAAUACUACAACAUACUAAGAGGAUUUUUUAAUGUUUCCCAUAAAACCCAGGGUGGACUUUAAAGGG